CAAAAAUGUCUGCCUCGCAGCUGUCUCGGACCAGAAAGAAUCGAGAGGAAAAUACAUUUUAAACUAUUUUUACUAUAUUAUUUUUUUAUAGUUAAUUUUAUUUUCAGUCAGAUGAUACCAAUGCGGGUAGUUUAGACGUUUUAGAAGGAAAAUUAGCCAUGCAGCUGAAACACCUGAAGACUCUUCUAACUCCUCAGGAUGGAGCCGCGAAGGUCACCUGCAUGGCAUGGGCCCCCAACAAUGGCAAGUUCGCGGUGUGCACCGUGGACAGGGUCGUGCUGCUCUACGAUGAACAAGGCGAGAGGAGGGACAAGUUCUCGACGAAACCCGCCGACGCCAAGUAUGGGAAGAAGAGCUAUGUCGUCAAAUCCAUGGCGUUCUCCCCAGACUCGACGAAAAUUGCCAUUGCGCAAACUGACAACAUUAUCUAUGUUUACAAAAUUGGAGAAGAGUGGGGUGAUAAAAAAGUAAUUUGCAAUAAGUUUGUGCAGACAAGUGCUGUGACAUGUUUGUUGUGGCCUGCGGAAUACGCUAUCAUCUUUGGACUGGCUGAGGGAAAGAUUCGGCUUGCGAACACCAAAACAAACAAGUCUUCCACGUUAUAUGGGACAGAGUCCUACGUUGUGUCUCUGGCAUCCAAUGUCUCUGGGAAAGGUGUGCUGUCAGGCCAUGCUGAUGGAACACUAGUGCGCUAUUUCUUUGACGACGAGGGCUCUGGUGAAUCUCAGGGUAAGUUGCUGACCCAUGCGUGCCCACCCUACGCCCUGGCAUGGGGUGCUAACAGCAUCAUUGUGGCUGGCUGUGACAAAAAGAUUGUGGCCUAUGGGAAGGAGGGUCAAGUUAUGCAGACGUUCGACUACAGUCGAGAUCACUCGGAGAAGGAGUUCACUGUGGCAGCCACCAGCCCCAGCGGCCAGUCUGUGGUCAUCGCCAGCUACAACCGGCUGCGAGUGUUCAACUGGAGCCCUCGUCGGAGCUCCUGGGACGAAGCUACCCCGAAGGAGAUCCCCAACCUGUACACCAUCACUGCCCUUUCCUGGAAGAGGGACGGAUCGCGACUCUGUGCGGGCACGUUGUGCGGCGGAGUGGAGCAGUUCGACUGCUGUCUGCGCAGGAGCAUCUACAAGAAUAAAUUUGAGAUGACAUACGUAGGCCUCAGUCAGGUGAUAGUGAAGAACUUGUCCACAGGCACUCGUGUGGUGCUCAAAUCCCACUACGGGUACGAGAUCGAUGAGGUGAAGAUCAUGGGCAGGGACCGCUACCUGGUGGCGCACACCUCUGACACACUGCUGCUGGGAGACCUCGGCUCCAACAAGCUGAGCGAGGUGGCUUGGCAGGGCUCCGGGGGAAAUGAGAAAUUCUUCUUUGAAAAUGAAACGGUGUGCAUGAUCUUCAACGCGGGGGAGCUCACUUUGGUGGAGUACGGCAACAACGAGAUCCUGGGCUCUGUCCGCACCGAGUUCAUGAACCCCCAUCUCAUCAGCGUUCGCCUCAACGAGAGGAAGCAGAAAGGUGUCGAAGACAACAAAAAGCUGGCCUAUUUGAUAGACAUCAAGACCAUAGCCAUCGUGGACCUGGCUGGUGGAUUCAACCUGGGCACCGUGGCUCACGACUCCAGAAUUGACUGGCUGGAGCUAAACGAGACGGGGCGCAAGCUGCUCUUCCGAGACAAGAAGCUGCGGCUCCACCUGUAUGACAUCGAAAGCGCCGCCAAGACCUCGGUGCUGAGCUUCUGCUCCUACGUCCAGUGGGUGCCGGGCAGCGACGUUGUGGUGGCUCAGAACCGCGGCAACCUGUGCGUGUGGUACAACAUCGACAGCCCUGAGAGGGUCACCAUGUUCCCCCUGCGGGGCGACAUCGUUGACCUAGAAAGAGCCAACGGUAAAACAGAGGUCGUGGUGACGGAAGGUGUCAACACGGUCUCCUACACGCUGGACGAGGGACUCAUUGAAUUUGGAACGGCGAUUGAUGAUGAAGACUACUACAGAGCUACAGCCUUCCUGGAAACGCUAGAAAUGUCAGCGGAGACGGAGGCCAUGUGGCGGACGCUCAGCAGACUGUCCCUGGAGGCCCGGCAGCUACACAUCGCGGAGAGGUGCUUUGCUGCCUUGGGCGACGUGUCCAAAGCACGGUUCCUCAACGAGACCAACCGCAUCGCCGAUCAAGUGUCCAAGGAAUACGUUGGGGACGGGACAGAGCACUAUCGAGUUAAAGCUCGCCUGGCAAUGCUGGAUAAGAGCUAUAAACUGGCAGAGAUGUACUUCCUGGAGCAGAAUGCAGUUGAUGAAGUCAUGGAGAUGUACCAGGAGCUUCACAUGUGGGAUGAAUGUAUUGCUGUGGCUGAGACCAAGGGCCAUCCUGAACUGGAUAACCUGAGGCGGAGCUACUACCAGUGGUUAAUGGAGACUAAUCAGGACGAGAAGGCCGGCGAGGUCAAGGAGAGUGCAGGGGACCUCCAGGGUGCAAUCAACCUGUACCUGCGGGCAGGACUUCCUGCUAAGGCCGCCCGGCUGGCUAUGAGCCAUGAUGAACUCAUCUCCAAUGCCGACCUGGUCAACCGCAUAGCCUCCACCCUCCUGAAGGGGGAGUUCUACGAGAUGGCCGGGGACCUGUUUGAGAAGAUCCGGAACAAUCAGCGGGCCUUGGACUGCUACCGCAAGGGGAAUGCCUUCAGGAAGGCUGUGGAGCUUGCUCGGGUUGCUUUCCCAUCCGAUGUAGUGCGGCUGGAGGAGGCCUGGGGCGACUACCUGGUCCAGCAGAAGCAAAUGGAUGCCGCCAUUAACCACUACAUCGAAGCCGGCUGCUCGUCAAAGGCAAUUGAAGCAGCCAUUGGGGCUCGCCAGUGGAAGAAAGCAAUCCAUAUUCUGGAGUUGCAGGAGGACCAGUCCAGCGGGAUGUACUACCUGAAGAUAGCGCAGCACUACGCCUCCGUACAGGAGUAUGAGGUCGCAGAGCGGCUGUACGUCAAAGGCGGUCAUAUCAGAGAUGCCAUUGAGAUGUUCACCCAGGCAGGCUUGUGGGAGCAGGCUCAUAAGCUGGCGGUGAAGUGCAUGAGCCGAGAGGACGUGACAGCACUCUACGUGAGCCGAGCCCAGGAGCUUGAGAAGGAUGGCAAGUUCAAGGAGGCUGAGAGGCUCUUUGCUGCAGUGGAGGAGCCCGACUUAGCCAUCACCAUGUACAAGAAGAACAAGCUGUACGAUGACAUGAUCCGCCUUGUCGCCAAGCACCAUGCGGACCUCCUCACAGACACACACCUGCACUUGGCAAAGGAGCUGGAGGCGGAGUCCCGCUUUCAGGAGGCUGAGCACCACUAUAUAGAGGGCCAGGACUGGAAGGCUGCCAUCAUUAUGUACCGGGCCAAUGACAUGUGGGAAGAUGCCUACAGGGUGGCAAAGGCUCGAGGAGGAGCCAACACCCACAAGCAGGUGGCCUACCUGUGGGCCAAGAGCCUUGGGGGUGAAGCUGCCGUCAAGCUGCUCAACAAGUUUGGGCUGCUGGAGACAGCCAUUGAUUUUGCAGCUGAUAGCUGUGCCUUUGACUUCGCUUUUGACCUUGCACGACUGUCCAUGAAGAACAAGAUCCCAUAUGUUCACAUGAAGCAUGCCAUGUAUCUUGAAGAUGAGGGUAAAUUCUCGGAAGCAGAGACAGAGUUUAUCAAGGCUGGGAAGCCCAAAGAGGCAGUACAGAUGUAUGUCCACAACCAGGACUGGGCUAGUGCCCAGAGAGUGGCAGAGGCCCAUGACCCUGACAGUAUGAUGGAAGUGCUAGUUGGACAAGCCAAGUUCUGCGUGGAGCAGAAGGACUACCAGAAGGCUGAGUCCCUCCUGCUGCGUGCCCAGCGACCAGAACUUGCCAUCAAGUACUACAGGGAAGCAGAGAUGUGGAGCGACGCCAUGCGCAUUUGCAAGGAGUACGUCCCAAACAAGCUCACAGUCCUUCAAGAGGAGUAUGAGAAAGAGGUCAUGAAGAAGGGGUGCCGGGGUGUGGAGGGCCUGGUGGAGCAGGCACGCGAGUGGGAACAGUCAGGCGAGUACGCCAGGGCUGUGGAGUGCUACCUCAAGGUCAAGGAUGCCUCUAACCCCACGCUGGCAGAGAAGUGCUGGAUGAAGGCAGCUGAGCUGGCAAUCAAAUUCCUGGCCCAGGAGAAGGCGGUAGAUGUGGUCCAGGCUGUGGGGCCCCGGCUUGUGCAGCUGCAGAAGUACAGUGCGGCUGCUGAGCUCUAUCUAAACCUGGACCUCAUCAAAGAAGCUAUAGAUGUCUUCAUCGAGGGCGAGGAGUGGAACAAAGCCAAACGGGUGGCCAAGGAGCUGGAUCCCAGGUUUGAGGAUUACGUGGAUCAGAGGUACAAAGACCAUCUGAAAAAUCAGGGCAAAGUCGAAUCUCUGGUGGGCGUGGAUGUAAUGGCUGCUCUUGACAUGUAUGCAGAGAGAGGCCAGUGGGAAAAAUGCAUUGAAACAGCCUCAAAACAGAACUUCAAGGUCCUUCAUAAGUACCUGGCUCUGUAUGCCACACACCUGAUCAAGGAGGGUGAGACUGAGAAGGUCCUGAGCCUCUAUACACAGCACGGAGUGCCCGCCAACUCGCAGAACUUCAACAUCUACAAGCGACUGGUACAGGGUCUGCUGGACCUUCCAGACAAGGACUGCGCUGAGGCGUAUCGCAUGUGGGCCGAUCUGCGUGAUGUCCUACAGCAGCUGUGUGAGAACCUGGUGAAAUCGUCUGACGCCAACUCCCCUGUCCACGAGGAGUUUGAGCAGAUGCUGCUCAUCGCUCACUACCACGCCACACGCUCUGCCGCCAGAGGCAUGGACCAGCUGAACGCAGUGGCUGCCAAGCUGUCCAUCUCUCUGCUACGGCACACGGAGCUCAUUCCAGCGGACAAGGCCUUCUAUGAGGCAGGGCUGGCGGCCAAGGAGACUGGUUGGGAAAACAUGGCCUUCAUCUUCCUGAACCGUUUCCUGGAUUUGAGUGACGGGAUUGACGAAGGCAACCUAGACGCCCUGGAUCACACGGACUUCCAGGACACGGACAUCCCCUUUGAAGUCCCGCUUCCGGCCAAACAGCACGUCCCCGAAAGCAAGCGAGAGGAGAUCCGUGACUGGGUGUUGAUGGUGUCCAUGGACCAGCGUGUGGACCAGGUGCUGCCCCGCGAUGAGCGUGACGCAUACGAGGCCUCGUUAGUGGCCCCAAGCACAGGCAUCCGCUCCUUGCCAUGCAUCGUCACAGGCUACCCGGUGCUGCGGAAUAAAAUCGAGUUCAAACGACCAGGAAAGGCAGCCAACAAGGACGACUGGAAUAAAUUCCUAAUGGCAACAAAGACCACUCACAGCCCCGAGUGCCAGGAUGUGCUCAAGUUCGUGAGCCAGUGGUGCGGCGGUCUUCCCUCUGCCGGCUUCUCCUUCCACUGAGUGAAUGGCUGCAGUUCUUUGCCCUCCCUGCUGCUCUCUCCUUUCCCACCACCUAUGAAUAUUUCAUUGCCCCCCUCGUUCCGAACUUCUUUUUACUCUGCACUUUUGCCCCCCACCCUACCUUCUAUGUCUGUCUCUCUUUGUUGUGUUACUUUAAAUCUUACGGAACAGAAGGUUGUAGACAAAAAACCUCCAGCUGUAGGUUGAGCCCUUCGUGUUGCUCUCCCAUUGAUCAAUAACCGCUGUGGUGGAACGACGUGGAGAAGCUCAGUGGCUCUUUGGAUGGAAUCGGUCAGGACGGUCAGUGUGUCCCACAGGAGUCAUAAACUUGUUUUGCAGUAAGUUAUGUGUAGAGAAACACACACCAACUAAUACAUUGUCAAAUCAAGGUCCACUUAUCAUUUUAUUCCACACAUUUCAAAGUGAUGUAAAGUUUACUGGUGCACAUAUAACUUGCUAAGUAAAAGCACUAAAUCAAUAAAGAUUACUUUUGUCAAAA